AUGGCUCCCUUCUUAGAUUUUGACAUUUUGGAGCAGUUCACGAUCAUACGUCAAUCCCUUGCUCCUCUGCGGUUAUCACGAUGGCAGAUGUUCAAGUUUAUGAUUGCACAUGUUUAUCGAGAGACGGGUCCGGUCACGAUCUUCCUGCUAUAUUCGGGACUUCUGCUUCUGAUAACAUACACAUCGAAAGCAAUCAUGGCAAGAAAAGAGAUGGAACUAGGAAUUCCCGUUCUUGGGGGCUCCAAACAACACAAACUUGACUUCAAGCAGCUAGUGGAAGAGGGCAGAAGACUGGUCGGUUAUGACAUAUUUGCGAAGUGCGACCAAAUCCAUGCUGACGUCUUUUGUAGUAUCCUGAUACACCGUAUAUCGUGAAGACACAAGGACUUCCUUACGUCGUCUUUCCGACGUCCUCGUUCGAUGAGAUAAAGAGAUUACCUGAGCACAUUGCCUCUGCCCAAGAUUUCUUUCUGAAAACGUAUUUUGGUCACUUCACCACUGCUGGAACCGAGACACCUGCAGUCUUGAAAGCGGUUAGCGUAGAUCUGGCACGUAGUAUUCCUAUGAAAGUUCCUUCUCGGCAAGAAGAUGCAAAAGUCGCAGUCGAUGAUGUUAUUGGGGAAUGUCCAGACUGGAAGGAAGUCAAGCUCUUCCCGGCGGUGACAAAAGUUAUCACGAUACUGAACGCUUGCUCAUUUAUCGGAAGAGAGCUCGGAAGAAGUAAGCGUUGGGUGGAUUUGGUGAGCAAGUUUCCUUUUCAGGUUAUGGUGGGCACAUUUAUGAUUAGCGUGGUACCGUGCAUCUUUCAAUGGCUUCUUGCGCCAUUGAUCUUCCUCCCCGCUAUUGUGACAAAAUGGAGAAUGAAAUUAGCGAUCAAAAGUGUCAUCAAGAACGAUAUGCAGAACUUCCUCAGCGCCAAAGACAAAAAGAGCUUGCUGAAGUUGACCGAAGAAGGGAAAGUACCAUUCACGGCAGCAUUGAUGACUCGGUACAAGCCAGAGGAAGCAACUUUGGGGCAGUUACUCCAAGACUAUGUCACCGUGUCAUUUGAAUCAACUCCUUCGAGCGCAGCUGCUUUGUAUCUAAUUCUGAUGGAGCUGGCGACUCGGCCAGAAUUAGUCGAAAUCAUACGCCAGGAGCUACGAGAGGUCAUGGUAGAUGGAAAAUUGCCCAAGACUCAUCUGGCAGAGCUGAGAAAAAUGGAUAGUGCAAUGAGAGAAUCAUCGAGGGUCAACCCGUUUAGCCUUCGUGAGUAUACCGUAGCAAAAGAAACUACUGGUCUAAGCAAGUGAACAGUUGCCCUAUAUCGACUUCUCCGAGUUCCAACAAAGCUUUCCGUUGGCCCGAAACUGCCUGCUGGGACACUGAUUUGCGUCGAUGUCCACCAUAUCAAUACCUCUCCAGAACUUUGGGAGAACCCAGAGGAAUACAAUGGAUUGCGUUUCCACGAGAUCAGGAAAGCGCCCGGGAUGGACAGUAGAUAUCAGUUCGUGAGUACCGGAGCUGAUUCUCCUGGAUGGGGGGAUGGAUCAAUGGCGUGUCCUGGGCGGCUGUUUGCAAACAGCACAGUCAAAAUUGCGUUGGCCCACUUGAUCAUGAAUUAUGACUUCAAAUUUGCAAACGGGGAGGGAAAACCUGCGAGAAGCUCACUUCCGAAUGGUUCAUGGAACCCCGGGUUGGAAACCACAUUCAUGUUCAGAUCAAAGAAAGUAGGCGCUUGA